AAGCCAUCACUCCUCGAAACACGACACGAGAUACCAUUUCCGAGUUUCAAAGCUAUUAAUAUUUUCCAAACUAGCCUUUGGCAUUUUGCUAGUCGUCAUCAUCAUCAUUAUCUUCACGGGUAAAACAAUAUUUUUCCACAUAGAACCUGUUGUUAUACAUGAUGGCUAGCACAUUCAAUUGCUUGGCUCUCAUAAUUUGCAUGGCGUUGGGCGCAUCCAUGUUAGCCACGGCUAACUUGACGUGCUGCAAGGUGAAACCUACUAUGGACGCAUGCAAGUGCUACGUGACCAGCGGUGGAAACGUAGUCCCUCAGAAGUGCUGCCUUGAGCUCAUGAACCUGAAAAACAAUGUGAUGAAUUCUGCCCUUCAUCGCAGACAAGCUUGCCGGUGCAUUGUUGAUGCUGCUCGAAAGCUCCCUAAUCUCAACACGACAGCAUUUUCAAGCCUUCCUGGCAACUGUGGGAUCCGAAUGCCCUACGGAAUCAGCGUCGACAUGAACUGUAACAACGUGUUCUAAACAACUCAAGGGCUAAGCUUCAACUAGUACGGAUGAGUCGGUGUUUUCCAAUAAACACAUUGCUUUAUUAAUUUUUUGCUUGUCAAAUUAUAUGAUUAAAUUUAAUUUAAAGGGAAACAAUGUGCCACUUCGAUUUAAAUUUCGUGCCCAUUAUUACAUAUCUAGUUUAUCAAUAAAGUAUCCUUCCAUUUAUGAUGA